AUGUCGAGAUACUCUCCUACUGAGGUUAUCGACAAAGACCUUCCAAACCUCACCGGAAAUUAUCUUCCCUUUCAACAACAUAGUUCCUUGUUGAGGUACUGUGAGGAGAGGCCUUUACUGUUGAACAAUGUGGGCAUGGGUGCGAAUCUGUGCACCUACUAUCAGAAAACAUCUUCAGGUGAUCAAACUACUAGUGGGAUGUUUCGCAAUGGAAACCAAACCUUGGGAAAUGUUCUGCUUCUAGAGCCAGCUGACAAAUCACCUUUUAUUGGAGAUAUUAAAGCCGGCUAUAGCCAGUCAUCUCUAGAAACAAACAUGUACAAGGCUCCUAUAUUUUCCCACAAAGUGCCAUCAACUGACUUCUUAUUGGUUAGGUCACCAAAGGGAAAGCUUUCUAUACGACGUAUCGAUAAGAUUGCUGUUGUAGGACAACAGGAGCCUCUCAUGGAGGUAUUUGCUCCUGGGUCAAAGAAUAUUCUGACAUAUCUCAUGAACAGAAUGCUGGUUUAUGUAUAUCGGGAGUUCUCUGCGGCUGCCAAAGGUGGUUUGAUUCCAUUCAUUGGUACAGAUGAGUUGUUUACUCAUUUUCCUAAGCUUUCAGAUGCAAUUGUCCGUAAAAAGCUGAAGGAAUGUGCUUAUUUGCGGAGAGAUAAAAGUGGACGACAGACUUGGUCCAUGAAGCCUGAUUUACACAUUCCACCUGAAGGUGUUUUGAGAAAGUUGGUGUCUCCAGAGCACGUGUGUGCCUAUGAAAGCAUGCAAGCUGGUCUGUACCGGCUUAAACAUUUAGGAAUCACACGACUAACAACUCUUAACAGUGUUUCAUCUGCAAUGAGUCAACUCCCUGAUGAAGCUAUAGCUCUGGCUUCCGCAUCACACAUUGAACGGGAGCUGCAGAUAACUCCAUGGAAUCUGAGUUGCAAUUUUGUUGCAUGUACAAACCAAGACAGAGAUAAUAUUGAGCGCCUGGAAAUAACUGGUGUUGGCGAUCCUUCUGGUCGAGGUUUAGGAUUUAGCUAUGUCCGUACCGCUCCAAAGGCUCCUGUGUCAAAUGCUGUGAUGAAGAAGAAAACUGCAGCUGCUCGUGGAGGUUCUAGUGUGACUGGUACAGAUGCUGACCUCCGCAGAUUAAGCAUGGAGGCUGCACGGGAGGUUCUUUUGAAGUUCAAUGUUCCUGAUGAAGUGAUUGCAAAACAAACUAGGUGGCACCGUAUUGCUAUGAUACGCAAGCUUUCAAGUGAACAAGCUGCAUCAGGAGUCAAGGUUGAUCCAACAACUAUAAGCAAGUAUGCACGGGGACAGCGGAUGUCCUUUCUUCAGUUACAACAGCAAACCAGAGAAAAAUGUCAGGAAAUAUGGGAUCGACAAAUUCAGUCUCUUUCAGCUGUUGAUGGUGAAGAAAAUGAAAGUGAUUCCGAGGCAAAUAGUGAUCUUGAUUCCUUUGCCGGCGAUCUAGAAAAUUUGCUUGAUGCAGAGGAAUUUGAAGAAGGGGAAGAAGGUGAUAAUGAUAACAAGGUUGACAAAGCAGAUGCUGUUAAGGGUCUCAAGAUGAGAAGACGACCAUAUAAGGCUCAAGCAGAAGAAGAAAUUGAAGAUGAAGCUGCGGAGGCUGCUGAGUUAUGUCGUUUACUCAUGGAUGAUGAGGAUGACCAAAAGAAGAAAAAAAAGAAGAAAAAUAAAGCUGUUGCAGAGGAUACUGGGUUGACUUUUGGCUUACAACCACGUAUGGGUGUUGAGAGUUUAGGUGUAAAGAAAGCAAGCAUAACUCCCAAGCAGAUUGUUCGUGCUACUCAACCUAGUGGGUCAUAUACUACAAAUGAGAAUUUUGUUAAGGAUUCAAAGGAUAUUGAAAGUAAAAGUUUUAAAGGAAGCCUGUCUGGAAAGUUGAAAGGAAUGAAAAAGAAUGGUAUGCCCAGCACAGGACCAUUAACUAAAGUCAAAAUAUUGGGAGACAAUGUCAAGUUGUUCAAGGAGAAGAAAUCAUCAAGAGAUACUUUUGUCUGCGGAGCUUGUGGUCAGCUUGGACACAUGAGGACCAACAAGAACUGCCCCAAGUAUGGAGAAGAUCCAGAAAUGCAGGUUGAAGCUACUGAUAUGGAAAAAACUCCAGGCAAAUCAACUUCGCUGGAACCCUCGGGUCAGUCCCAGUUGAAGAUGAUGAAAAAGAAGCUCAAAACAAAAAGUGCAACAAAGAUAGCAGUUGUAGAAGCUUCAGAGGGUGAAAAAUUCAGUUCAAAUGCAAAAGCUCUUCCAUUGAAGUUCAAAUGCUCUACUGAUAAAACAUCUGAUAAAAUUGCUUCUGGAGGCACACAAAGUUCUGACAAUCUAGUCUCUUCUGACCCAGAAAAUGGAACCAAAUCUGCUGCAAAGGUUAAUAAAAUAAUUAUUUCUAACAGGGUUAAACCUGAUGAAAUGCAGGUUGAGUCUCAGAAGCUGCCCAUUGUUAUACGGCAUCGAGUGGAUACCAACCGAGGCCAAGCUGAAUCUCAUAAGAAAUCUAUUGUUAUAAAGCCACCAGAAAAUAUGGAGAGGGACCAAGUUGAACCUCAUAAACCUUCUGUUGUCAUUCGCCCACCAGCUGAUAAAGAUAAAGAACAACCUCACAAAAAAAUUAUAAUCAAGCGACCAAAGGAAAUUAUUGAUAUGGAUCAACUUAGUCAAGAGGGGGGCACUUAUCCCGAGUACAGAAAAACAAAAAAAAUAGUGGAAUUAUCGAGCUUUGAGAAGCAUGGGAAGCAGGAAAGCUUGCGAUUAAUGGAACCAAAAGCAAAGCGGAAAGCUAAAGAGGAGAGAAGAUUGUGGGAAGAGGAAGAGAAGAGGAGAAAUGUAGAGAGAAUAAGAGAAGACAAAGCAAGGAAGCUUUAUGAGGAAGAAAUGAGACUGCUGGAAGAGCGAGGAAGAUUUGCUGAGAUCACAAGAUACACAGAGGACAUUCGAAGAGAGAGGGAGGAAGAGGAACGCCAAAAAGCUAAGAAGAAAAAGAAGAAAAAGGCUGAAAUAAAAGAUGAUUAUUUAGAAGACUACAGGACAAGAAGAAAUGACAGAAGAGCGGUGGAAAGAGAUCGAGGAGCAAAAAGAAAACCUGUUGAGUUAGGACGAUAUUCUGCAGAGUGUGUUCCUCCAACAAAGCGACGCAGAGGGGGAGAGGUUGGUCUGGCCAACAUCUUAGAGCAGAUUGUAGAAACACUUAGAGAGAAUACCGAGGUGUCCUUUCUGUUCUUAAAACCAGUAUCCAAGAAGGAGGCCCCUGACUACCUGAACAUUGUAAAGCACCCAAUGGAUUUGUCCACAAUAAGGGACAAGGUUAGGAGGAUGGAAUACAAGGAUCGAGAAGACUUUAGACAUGAUGUGUGGCAGAUUGCCUACAAUGCUCAUAUCUACAAUGACGGUCGUAAUCCUGGUAUUCCUCCUCUUGCUGAUCAGCUUUUGGAGCUUUGUGACUACUUGAUGCAUGAGUAUGCUCAUAGUUUGGAUGAAGCUGAAGCAGGUAUAGGGGAAGCUUAAUCAAAUAACACUUCUGAAAUCAUUUAUCAUCUGAAAGCCAGAAUCACCUUAGACAAGAUCUGUUACUUCUCUGGAUUUUAGGGGUGUCUUGGCUUUGGGAAACCAUCGUAAUAGAGCUUUGUA